AUGUCUUUUUUCACCGCCGCCGUGCGCCGCGUCGUCAAUCAUCGACGUCGCGCUCUCACGCGCGCGUUUUCCGAUCACGCGCGCGUCCUCGCCCACGAAGUCCACGGCGCACCGUUCGGUUCAAAAGUCGAUGCCGAUGCGUCGUCAACCAUCUUCAUCUUACACGGGCUCUUGGGCGCGGGCCGAAACUGGCGCAGUUUUGCGAAACAGUUGCGGCAGCGCCUCGGCGAACAAGAUUGGCGCGUGGUUUUGGUGGAUCUGCGCGGACACGGCGCGAGCGCGAGCAUCGGGCAGCGGACGCCGGCGUGCGGCGUGGUGGAGGCGGCUCGGGACGUCGACGCCCUGGCGAAGAUGAUCGGGACGGCGCCGAGCGUGGUCGUGGGACACAGCUUGGGAGGGAAAGUCGCGCUGGAGUAUUCAAAAUUGGCGACAACGGCGCCAAAGCAGACGUGGUCCUUGGAUUCGGUGCCGGGGAGAGUGGAGGCGGAUCCCCACGGCGUCGCGGAGGUGUUGUCGGCGAUUCGAGCGCUGCCGAGGCGCAUACCCAGCCGCAAGUGGCUCGCGCAGGCGCUACCACAGUUCUCCACUGAGUUGGUGGAUUGGAUAGGGAGUAAUUUGAAAAACGUGUGCGAUGGUGGGAGUGAAUUAGAGUUAGUUUUCAACCUCGAUACCGUCAUGCAGCUUUACGAUUCAUAUCAAAAGACAGACAGUUGGCACGCCAUCGAGGACGAGGCUUCUGGCAUUUACGUCGUGAAGGCGGAAAAUAGUACGCGCUGGAGUACGGCAUGCGUCGAGAGGUUGAAAAGGUCGCCGGCGAAUUUCCAAGUGCUAGCAAAUGCUGGUCAUUGGGUGCACACCGACAAUCCAAACGGGUUGCUCGAGAUUCUCACGACGUCCAUUCCGAAAAGUAGACAACUAUAG